AUGUCCAGCAGUAUUCAGAUUACGGCCGAUGACAAACCGGCAACCGGCUUGAUCACACCAACUAAGACGCCGGUACCACCGGUGUCUAGCAUUCCCUCCAGCCCGUCGCAUCUGCAGCUGCCAUCGCCGAUUAUUACGCGCCGCACCAGAACUGCCUCGACGUCCGAUCGCGCGAUGCGUAACCCGAUCGAGGAGGGUAAGGUGAAGUCGUUCAGCAGAAGCAAAGGGCACGGUUUCAUCACUCCAAAUGCCGGCGGUGACGACCUCUUUGUACACAUUUCCGACAUCGAGGGCGAGUACGUACCACUGCCCGGCGACGAGGUCAGCUAUCGGCUCUGUUCGAUCCCGCCAAAGUACGAGAAGGUGCAGGCAAUCCACGUGCAGAUAACGCACCUGACGCCGGAAAAGCAUUCGCGCUGGGAAACGUGCAUGAGCCACGACGAUGGUCACCGGCUGCAUUAG